AUGUCUCUUCCCUCGACCUAUAAAGCUUGGCAGGUUGUGAAGGCCUGCGAGCCCAUUGUACCGAAGGAUCUGCCUCUCAGACAACCUGGUCCUGGCCAGAUACUGGUUAAAGUUUUGGCAUGCGGAGUCUGUCACUCCGAUGCCAGCAUGGCCAAUGGCGAAUAUGGCCCAGUCCACGAGCGUGUUCCUGGUCAUGAAGUCGUUGGUGAUGUCGUCGCGGUUGGACAGGGCGUCACUCGCUUCAAGGGAGGGGAACGCGUCGGCGGACCGUGGCAUGGAGGUCACGAUGGGACCUGUCGCUCUUGCCAACGCGGCCUAUUCCAGUACUGUGAGAGCCAGUCCAUCAACGGACUCUCCCAGGACUGCGGAUACGCUGAGUACAUUUUGCUGCGCGACGAAGCCGCGGUCCGCGUUCCGUCAAACCUUGAUCCGGCCCAAGUAGCCCCCCUCCUAUGCGCGGGAGUGACUGUCUUCAACGGCAUCCGGAAGAUGAACAUAGAGCAUGGCGCCGUUGUUGCUGUAAAAGGGAUUGGCGGCCUUGGUUACCUGGCUGUCCAGUACGCUAGCAGGAUAAGUUAUAAGACUGUGGUCUUGAGCUCUGGCUCCUCCAGUGAACACUUCGCUCAAGAGCUCGGUUCGCACGCUUUCAUCAACACUGCUGUCGAGAACCCUGUCGAGAAGCUGAAAGCCAUGGGCGGAGCUGGGCUUAUCGUGGCGACCGCACCCAAUCCCAAGGCAAUCGGGCCGCUGACGGCUGCACUUGCUCCAGGUGGAAAGCUGCUGAUCCUCCCGGCUGUGGGGAACAUUGAGUUCAACAGUGUAGACCUGAUUUUGGCGGGAGCUUCAGUGCAUGGCUGGGCGAGCGGUCAUGCCCUUGACUCGGAAGACGCCAUAGAGUUCGCUGGGGCCCACGGCGUGCGAGCUCUAAUCGAGAAAUUCCCCAUGGAGAGAGCCCCCGAGGCUCUAGAACACAUGCUCUCCGGCAAGGUUCGCUCCAGGGCAGUCCUCACAAUGUAA